GCCACUUUGCACUCUGCGAAAUAACACAUCAGCUGAUUAGUGUUAUACGUAGGCAAGGCAUACAUAUGUAUACCUAUAGCUAUCUAAUAGUAAUGAAGUGACAAAUUUUUUGUGAUGUGGACGACUAUCAAAUUUAGAUAACGUGUGAGAAUAAGAGUCAUGUAAUUGUAAAAUAGGUGGAAUAAAGACCUGUUAGAGGGUAUAAACAUAAUGGCUUACCAAACUUUCCGGCAGGAAUAUCUGCAGAUGCCCGUGGUGACACGAGCCUACACGACUGCUUGUGUUAUCACGACUUUAGCCGUCCAACUGGAUCUUGUCUCUCCAUUUCAGUUAUACUUUAACCCAAUAUUGAUAUUGAAACAAUACCAGCUAUGGCGGCUGAUAACAACUUUCCUAUUCUUUGGGACAGUUGGAUUCAACUUCUUUUUCAAUAUGAUAUUCACUUAUCGUUAUUGUCGGAUGCUGGAAGAAGUCUCGUUCCGGGGUAGAACGGCAGACUUUGUUAUGAUGUUCAUAUUUGGUGGCAUCUGCAUGAUUAUUUUUGCAUUUUUUGUUAAUUUGUUAUUCCUGGGCCAAGCAUUUACAAUAAUGUUGGUCUACAUUUGGUCACGACGGAACCCUUUUGUGAGAAUGAACUUUUUUGGGCUGCUCAAUUUUCAAGCGCCAUAUUUGCCUUGGGUGCUGUUAGGAUUCUCAGUACUACUAGGCAAUGCCAUGUGGGUUGAUUUAAUUGGGAUGGCAGUAGGGCACAUGUACUACUUUGCCGAAGAUGUAUUUCCUAGACAAGCCGGUGGUUUCCGAAUACUGAAAACGCCACAAAUAUUGAAAUCUUUGUUCGAUGCACAUCCAGAGGAUCCGAAUUAUACGCCAUUACCAGAAGAUAGGCCGGGAGGCUUUAACUGGGGCCAAGGUGCCAAUGUACAGUGAUUUAGACAGAAGUUUGCCAACUAAUUAACGAAUCAUCAUCAUCAUCAUCUUUAAUGUUUUUGGAGCAAUUCUUUACACCUUUAUACUAUUAUUGCUUCAAACUUUACAUCAGACCAUGUACGAACUUUAUUGGCAGGUGAUCCAAGGCUUUCAUUCAUUCUCAUAUGGACUCAACUUGAAUACAAUAAAUCAUGUAUUCCCUGAAAUUGAAAACAAUUGUUUCACCAUGUGUGAUAAUGCCUAACAGAUAUUUUCUGCCCUUGGAUCUUUGUACUCACAUAACAUUGGUCAUUCUGAUUGGGUGACAAAUUUUUGUAAUCAGAUAGCUGAUAUGAAAUAUUCACGUAUAGUUAUAAGGGUGAAAUACUGUAGUCUUCGUAACCAGUUCCAAAUUAAAAUACUGUAUUGUACAAAAAAAAUUGCAAACAUUGUCAAAGUGUGGCGCAAGAACAACAUUUUAGUUAGCAACCUUUGGUUUUUUUUUCUAUUCUGUUGUCGACGGCUAUAUUCUUUCAUGUCAUGAUUGCUCUCGUGUGAAAUGUCUUGUCUGUGAUUUAGCUGUAAAAAUGAUAAAUACCGAUUUUCAGCAAGUGAAUUAAGAAGUAAGAAUUUCCACGUCUUAGAAUGUUAGAAUUGAUCUUGUGCCCACAAGGUUAAUAGUCAUACAGUUACGAAUCCUCAUAAAUCUUUAGGAAUAUGAUUCUUACAUGAUUCAAUAUUGGGAGGAGAGGAGCGAGGGAAGGGUGUAUUGGUAUUGUUACGAAUGUAAGCGGUAUAUUUAUUAAUGUUAGGAGGCACUAAUGACGUAGUUUCUUACAACUGGAUCUAUGGAGCACAAAAUGAUAAGCCCGAUCAUUGCGUCCCUAUUUUUAGACCUAUUCCCCAAAGACUACUUACUAUCUAUCCAUAUAUUGUUAGUUCUUAUACGUAUUUAAAUGUACUACUGUGCCAGUGUUUAGGAAUUCACAUUUUCAGAUUAUAAAUAUUGCACCCCCUGGAUCAAGUUAAAGUUAUUAGUAAUUAAAUUGAAAUCAGUUGGUUUUCUAAGAUUAACCACACGUUUGCACCUGAAGUUGUACAUACAUGACCCGAUACUGUUAUUGACUGCUGUGCUAAUUUUUCGUCAAUAUUGAAGGAAAAUAAAUUUGAGACAAUGAAGAA